CCAUUCAUUUCUAAACUUCUAUCUCCUUUUGCGAUCGUUUCUUUUUGUGCCAACUGGACGCCUUCCCUUGUUCGUUCCUGAGUUUUACCCCGCAUUUCUGGGAUGUUGCGAGCGUUUAACAUCAUCCGAGUAACUGUCUUUGUCGUGGCAAUAUUGUUCAGUUUUAUCGUCCUCGGGGUCGCAGCGCACCUGAACUCUGUCAUUGAGCCCAAUGAAUUAACCCGAUUCAUACCCGUCUCCAUAUUCUGCGCGAUCUCGACCAUCGUCGGAUGCGCCUGCGUUCUAUGGUUCGGUUCUAGAGAACGAUUCUGGGCGAUUACAGAGACCCGAUGGGAACUAGGGCUGGCCUCAUUGUUAGGGGUACUCUGGUUCAGUCUUGGCCUUUUUCUUUCUAUUGCUGAGGUCCCGGAUCUUGAGUGUCCAGACGAGCCAGAUGGGAACCCGAGUCCAUAUACGGAUGAAAUGUUCCAUGCACAGUACCAUACACUUCAAGCUUUUUCGAUACUUAAUGCGCUUAUUUUACUUGGGUAUUGUCUCUGGCUUCUUGUUCUUGCCAUGCGACAUUCCUAUGCUGGGCGUAAGCAAGUGUGGAAUGCUCGCGUCAACGAAGCGCAGUGGUUUCUUCCGAGAAAAUCCUCAUCCGACGAGAAGUUUACGAGACUUCCUGCACCUGUCUCUUCUUUCAGUCGCCGGAGGCAGUCACACUGGAGAAAUCAAUCAACACCAGAAACCGUCACACCCUCUGCUUCUGCUUCCAUCUCACGGAACGCGUCCAAUUCAUCAUCAUCGCCCCUAACGCACACGCGUAGUCGCUCUGCACCUGCGGCCGCGAUUGUCGCGGCCGCUGCUGUGCCGACAAGAAAGACAUCCACGAAUCCUGCGAAAGGUAGCCCGCCCGCUCCUCCAUCCCCUCCUACACCCACCACAAAGCCUUCAGCACGAGGUACCACCCGUCCAGACAUAGACAUCCCGCCGACGCUACCUCCAAAAGCGCGGACGCGUGCCACGCACGCAGGGCCAACCGACACGCCUCAGCUCGCCCAGCCCCCACCACCGAGGCGACGUGCAGGUACACUUGACAGACGGCCAUCUGCCAAGAAUCAGCAGCAGGAACAAUACCAACCACCUGCACGGCCCAGCGCCUCGCGUUCAAACACGUAUGCAUACAUGACUCCUACGACCACGACGACACCACGGCAACCCGCGCCGCCUCGUUCCUAUUCCAAUACGAACACUCGGGAUCCGUCAUCUCGGAGAGACCGGACCCUGAGAUGAAAAAAGCCGACUGAAUGUAGCUGAGCUACGAUCUUCCAUUCCGCUGACGCCGCUUUUCGCCCCAGGAGGCUUUUUUUUUUGUUGUAUCAAUGGAUUUUUUUAGAGUUUUCAUGGGUUCCUUCGAACCCUCGUAUUGUGCGAUACCCCCUAGGCUGUACCAUUGCUUUCAUCCCUCCUUUGGAAUAGUACUCCCCUGUUCUCAUCCUUCACG